CGCAGCGGCAUUUCUCCUGCACAUCCGGGUGUCGGCUCGACAGCGCAGACUCGUCGCGGUGAUUGCAGCGCUCUGCGUUUCCGCGUUAGCAGUGGGGGAACCAGCCGAGGGGAGGGAACGGAACACAGCGAGAUUGGCCAAAUCUAACUGGAUUACGCUGUCUGUGUCGCGAUUAAAAUGAAAAAGAAGUGACAUUUUGAUCCUCCGGCCUCGUUUAGGAAAUGAGCAUGGGAUUAUGACAUUCGCUCGGGCACGAGACGGGAUGACAACACUGCCUGACAUGUGAGACAUCAGGACGAAUACAACUACAGUGCGCUUGUGUGGCUGUCUCCGCCACCUUCUGUUUAUGCACAUUUUGCAUUCGUUUUGCAUUUGCUGGAGGUAAUAUGAAGAAGUUUAAUAUCAGGAAGGUGUUGGACGGCUUGACUGCGGCGUCCUCUUCCUCCUCCGCCGCUGCCGCCGCGUCCCUUCAGUCGGGAAACAGGGAGAAUGACAUGAUUCAGGAGACCCUGCAGUCAGAGCAUUUCCAGCUCUGCAAGACACUGCGACAUGGCUUUCCCUAUCAACCCUCUUCCAUGGCUUUUGACCCAGUACAGAAAAUUCUGGCUAUUGGCACACAGAGCGGAGCCCUAAGACUAUUUGGCCGAGCAGGAGUGGAAUGUUACUGCCAGCAUGAGAGCGGAUCGGCCGUCAUCCAGCUGGAGUUUCUUGUCAAUGAAGGGGCGCUGGUUAGUGCUUUGGCAGAUGACAGUAUUCAUUUGUGGAAUCUGAGGCAAAAACUUCCAGCCAUUCUCCAUUCUCUUAAAUUUAAUCGGGAGAGGAUCACGUUUUGCCAUUUGCCGUUUCAGAGUAAAUGGCUGUACGUGGGCACGGAAAGAGGGAACAUUCACAUUGUCAAUGUGGAGUCCUUCACCCUCUCAGGCUAUGUCAUCAUGUGGAACAAAGCCAUUGAACUUUCCUCAAAGACUCACCCUGGACCUGUAGUUCAUAUCAGCGAUAACCCCAUGGACGAAGGGAAACUUUUAAUUGGUUUUGAGUGUGGCAUAGUUGUGCUGUGGGACUUGAAAUCGAAGAAGGCCGACUACCGUUACAACUAUGAUGAGGCGAUCCACUCUGUGGCUUGGCAUCACGAGGGGAAACAGUUUGUGUGCAGUCACUCAGAUGGCACACUUACCACAUGGAAUGUACGCGCUCCAGCCAAGCCUGCCCAGAUCAUUACACCGCAUGGAAAGCAGCCCAAGGAUGGAAAGAAACCAGAGCCAUGCAAACCCAUCUUGAAAGUGGAGUACAAAACUACCAGGGCAGGGGACCCAUUCAUGAUACUGUGUGGAGGUUUGUCAUAUGAUACAGUGGGUAGGCGAGCCUGUCUGACUGUGAUGCAUGGGAAAAGCACUGCAGUGCUGGAGAUGGACUACCCCAUAGUGGAUUUCCUUACGCUGUGUGAAACCCCAUAUCCAAACGAUUUCCAGGAGCCUUAUGCUGUUGUUGUCCUGCUGGAGAAGGAUUUGGUUGUUAUUGACCUUGCACAAAUUGGGUAUCCGAUCUUCGAGAAUCCAUAUCCUCUUUCCAUCCACGAGUCUCCGGUGACCUGCUGCGAAUAUUUUGCUGACUGUCCUGCUGAAGUCAUUCCUGCACUUUACUCUGUGGGCUCCAGACAAAAAAGACAGGGCUUCAGUAAGAAGGAAUGGCCAGUAAGUGGAGGUAACUGGGGCCAGGGAACGCUAAGUUUUUCAGAGGUCAUCAUCACUGGGCAUGCUGAUGGAUCGAUCAAGUUUUGGGAUGCCUCAGCAUUAAUGCUGCAGGUUUUGUAUAAGCUGAAAACAGCAAAGGUUUUUGAGAAGCCCCGUGGUAAAGAGGAGAAAUCCAGCACUGAAAUUGUGGAUGAAGAUCCGUUUGCCAUCCAGAUCCUGUCUUGGUGUCCAGAGAGUCGUGUGCUCUGUGUGGCUGGAGUAUCGGCUCAUGUCAUAGUCUACAGGUUCAGCAAACAGGAAGUCACCACUGAAGUGGUCCAGUUGCUGGAGGUGCGUAUGCAGUGUGAACUGAAUGAAGUGGAGUCUCCAGAGGUCGGAGGCGAGCAGGCGUCGGCCGUUUCCACCCCAGGAACCUCAUCUAGCCCUCAGACCAGCCUGCCUCAGUCCCACCCCUCCACCAGCAGCAACAACUCCUCUGACGGCCUGCGAGAUAACGUGCCCUGUCUCAAGGUCAGGAGUUCUCCUCUCAAACAGUCUCCGGGUUACCAGGUGGAGCUGCUCAUUCAGCUGGUGUGGGUCAGCGGGGAGCCGCCACAACAGAUCACUAGCCUGGCCGUCAACUCUGCAUAUGGCCUAGUUGCUUUUGGCAAUGGUAACGGACUUGCGGUGGUUGAUUACCUUCAGAAAACUCUCCUUCUGAACAUGAGCAUAGCCGAGCUGUACGGCUCAACAGAUCCUCACCACAGACAACCACGCUCACCCCGCAAAGCCAGACAGCCCUCGGCAGGUCUUUGUGAUGGUAAUGAAGCUUCAGCCACUCCAGAGGAGAAAUGUAAAUCACCAACUUCAGGAUCCGGUUCACCAUGCAAUUCUGAUGAAGACACCAAACAAAAGUUCAUUGACAAGGUGAUGUCCAAAAGCAAGCAGAUAUCCAAGAAUGUUGCCAAUGACUUUGCUAGGAUAUCCCGGAAAAUUAACAUGAUUGCUGAUCAGAAAGAUGAAAGGAGGGUACGGCGUCACUGCUCUCUCCCUGGUAAGAAACAACAGAGUUGUGUAAAGGAAAUGAAGAGGAAGCACGCAGCGUCUUUCCGUGAGACCUCAUUACGUGAUCCCAAUGCCAGGGACAACUCGUUCAGCCGCUCACGCAGCUCCAGUGUGACCAGCCUUGACAGAGAGUCACGUGAGGUCAUUUCCUCCUUCUACUUUUGUGACUCCCUGUCCAAGAAGAGUGAGACGGUGGCAUUGCCCAGCCUGUGGGUGGGCACCUCAUUGGGCAGCAUGCUGACCAUCGCCCUCACUGUGCCCUCCACACCAGAGCAGAGGAUGCAACAGCCUGUGGGCGUCUGUUUCUGUGGUUCAGUGGUACGCUUGAAAGGAGGCAUUCUGCGUAUGGCCCAGCUGGAUGCCAGCGGGAUGCUUCUGCCCCACGUUUAUGAGCCCUGGUAUGAGCCCAACGCCCCUGAGGAAGAGAAAGAACGGCCACGGAGACGCCGGCCCACAUCCCCUCCUUCUUCUCAGGAGAACCAGGAUUGUCAGUACGCUGUGGUCUGCUCAGAGAAGCAGGCUAAGGUGGUGGCGCUGCCCUCCCAAAACUGCAUCUACGAGCACAACAUCACCGAGGCCUCCUUUGUACUUAGAGCUGAUGUGGUGACGAUGACCACAGGGGUCGGCCUCGCCUGUUUCUGUGCCAAUGGCCACAUUAUGACCCUCAGUGUGCCCAGCCUGCGGCCACUGCUGGAUGUGAACUACCUUCCUCUGACGGACAUGAGGAUAGCCAGAACCUUCUGUUUCUCAAACCAAGGCCAGGCCCUGUACCUCACAUCACCCACUGAGAUCCAAAGAAUCACCUAUAGCCAGGAAACCUGUGAUAACCUGCAGGAGAUGCUCGGAGAGCUGUUUACUCCAGUGGAGACACCAGAGGCUCCGAACAGAGGGUUCUUCAAGGGCUUAUUUGGAGGUGGUGCUCAGUCCUUGGACAGAGAGGACCUGUUUGGAGAGGUGGCUGCUGGUAAGGCCUCGCGCAGUCUGGCACAGCACAUCCCAGGUCCAGGUGGUAUGGAGGGCAUGAAGGGGGCCGCGUCUGGUGUGGUGGGAGAGUUGGCACGGGCGAGGAUAGCUCUGGAUGAGAGAGGACAGAAACUAGGCGAGCUGGAGGAGAGGACAGCAGCCAUGAUGUCCAGUGCAGACUCCUUCUCCAGACACGCACAUGAUAUAAUGCUGAAAUACAAGGACAAGAAAUGGUACCAGCUCUGAGGUCCCUGCAGGGAGUCAGCGGACCUUCCUGUGAAAACCGCAGAUCCAUCAUCUCUCCUCCAUUUCUUCCUUCUCUUCCUGUGUCUCUCUCUCUGUGAUGUCCAGAGACUGCCACUCUCGCUCAGCACAACGUCACGCGGCAUUACCUCGAGCUGAGGAGCUGCGGAAAGACAGAGGAGACAGGAGGGGAAGGAACGGGACAGGCGCAUUAGGCCGGGAUUUCCUUCCCUUCUCGGUGGCAGUUGAGUUUCCUCUCCUAAAAAAAAAAACAAAGCCGUGUAUCUUGUCUUGGAGUUGGGAGAGGGGGUCUGUCACUGGUGCUGCCCCCUGUCUUAUACCUUCAUUCACCACGCUGUCAUUUUUACUGCCAUUCUAUCUGCAAAGAAACUACAAAAAGGAUUGUGGGACAUUUUGGGCAAAGAAAUUAUUUAAGAUGAAUGAAUGGGUUAGAGAGACAUACAGCUGACGGAAGAAGGUCCAAUGUCUGCAUAGCCAAGCUUAAUGCUUCUGAUAAUCUGUCACUAGAGCAAGAAAAGAUUGCAUGUCUAGUGAUUUAAUUUAGGAAAUUAGUGCUUUUUCUUAUUUUACGAAUUCGAGUGAAUCUCAUGAAAACACAUCCAGGUAAUAUUUCACCUCGAAAUCAAUAUUUUGCAUAAAGAAAACACUCUUUAAGCAAACUGUUUCUUGUUUAUUUUGAUUUUAAGGUGAAACAUAACCUGCAUUUCAUGAGAUUCACUCAGUAAUCAUGUUACUUAUGGAAAAGGCCGGAUUGUCUUACAUAAGGUGUACCAUUUAAUUUCACCUCUAAAGGGCUGGAAGUUGCUGUAUUUACCACAUAUCAUGUGAUUAUUUUGCCAUAUGAAAUUGCAGACAGGCCUGGGCAGUGAAGCUGAUCUGAUCAUGCAUCAUUUUGUUGAUUCUUUCGUCUAAACGACGUAUUGGUUUACACUGAUCAGGUCUCAAAGAGCUUUUACGGAAGAGCUCUGACUAUGAUGUACACUAUACGCUGCGCUGACACUGGAGAAAGUUGUUCAUUUUUAAAUUAAAUAUAUAAAGAGAACGCGUAGGUGAAUCUCACAGAAACAUCUCACAGUAUUUCACCCCAGAAUUUUGCAUUGUGCUUGGAAAACAAUACAUUAAAUUUAAAUCAGAAUUAAUUAAAGGCUACAAAUACUA